AUGGCCACAUCCUCCAACCCCCUGGGCCCCGGCCCCCGCUAUGGCCUCGGCCGCACCGUACCACCGCAACAACCACAACAGCAAGCUACCUUCAGCAACACGCCAGCUUUCCCACCUAAUCCCAAAAACGCCCAACGUGUCGAGGCUGACCGCCUGGAACGCGAGCGCUCCGCCCGUGAAACAGCCCAACGCAUGGAAGCGAGCGGCGCCGCUUCCCUCGCCGAGCUCACAGAGGAGCAAAGGGAGGAAAUCGGCGAAGCCUUCAACCUCUUUGACUUAGACAAAGACGGCUACAUCGACUACCACGAGCUGAAAGUCGCUAUGAAAGCACUAGGCUUCGACCUACCGAAACAAGAAAUUCUGGGCAUUCUGCAACAACACGGGACGUCCCAGCAGCAACAAAAUGCUAAGCAAAGUUCGAGACAGCAGCAACAACAGCAGCAGCAAUAUGCGGCGCCAGGUCGCCAGUUGUUGAGUUUCCAGGCUUUCCAGACGCUCAUGGCGCAGCGGAUAUUGAGUCGGGAUCCGAGGGAUGAGAUUCUGAGGGCGUUUGAACUUUUCGAUGAGGGUGGCAAGGGGACGAUUACGCUGCAGGAUCUCACUCGUGUUGCGAGAGAGUUGGGCGAGGCGCUUUCGCAUGAUGAGUUGGUGGCUAUGAUUGAGGAGUUUGAUAUGGACAAUGAUAACGCCAUUUCGAGGGAGGAGUUUAUCCAGAUUUGCAUGGGGACUUGA